AGCAGGUAAAUUUCUAGGGUUUAUAACCCCAAUUCUUAACGAAUGAGUCCUCUUCUCCAAAUAUUAGGCUAUUAUUGGACGGACAGACUCAGUUAGAAAUUAGUAGAAGAAAUAUUAAAAAUAUCAUAAUGUUUAUAUACUAAUCUGACUGUGUUAUUAUAGAAGAAGAAAUUACUCAUUCAAGGACCAUAGCCAGCCAAGGUUGAAUAUUUUCCUUAAGGACCAUGAAAAUAGAAUUAAGAAAAGAUCAAAGAGAGAUUCAUCAAAAGAAGUUUUUAAGCUGCCAACUUCGGAUAACUCGUUCAGCUCAAAUAAAGGGAAGAAAGUUGAGAUUGAGAAGAGGAAUUCUCUCAGCAUGAAUCCACAAAGGAAGGCUAUAAUACAAAAGACUGUACAGAGUAGGACGAGAGGACGUAGGCCCAAUAUUAACCCUAUUCUCAGAAAAGAGUCUGAAGAAGAUCAGGAAGAACUACUCAGAAACUCAGUAAACAGGGCGGUUAUUCAAUCUAUCCAUAUCGAAGAUCAGGCUAAAGAAAUGUUCAGAGAGAGCUCAAUCGUUACUGUUAUUGAAGAUAACAUUCGUAAUGAAGGGACAAACUCAACUUAUUCAGAAGAUCAAGAUUUUGAGACUCUUAGAAGUGAUAACUACAAACCUGAGAUCGAUAAGGCUGAUGCCUUGGGACAAGAGAACACUUGUGAGCAGUUAAUACUUAAAGAAUCAUUCUCGAAAGAAAUCAAGGGGAAUGCUUUGCUCAAAAGUAAUAGCAUAAGGCAGGAAAGUUGUCGGUCAGAGCCAAGAAAAAGAAAUUUAAACAAUAGGAGCAGCGACAAAUUUAGAAAUGCCACAUCAAGCGCAUUACAAAGUAAUGCUUUUAAUAAUAGUUCUGAGAAUGAUAUAUUCGGAACGAUAAAACUUCCGAUGACAGAAAAGUACAAUCAACUUCUAUCCCAAGUUCAUGACUGCAAACAAAAAACUCAGAAGCUUCCUGGCUUGCAAGUUAACUCAAAAGAUGAGGAUCUUAACGCCUCUUCAAAGUUAAUUAUUCAAGCGGAAAGGUCCCCUGGAAUCCAGGCUAUAAAGACAUUUCAUGACUACCAAGCAGUGAAGCCUGCAGCGGAGAGAGCAGGAACUGGAAGAAGAAUCCCUAUCAAUAGUGAAAGUUGGGAAGACAACCAAUUCGAUUCUAAAUGAACAAAUUUAAAACUCUUUAGUUCCAAAAAGCAAGAUGAUAGACCGAGAACCCGUGUAGGAAGAGUUCGUGGGACUUUUAGAGUCAGUAAAAGGAAAAAAUGAAAGAGACCAAUGUUAGAAGGAAAACCCAAGCUUAAAAAGCCACAGACUUCAGUUAAUCUUGACUUCCAGAGAUCUGCUCCUAGAAUAUUGAAUACUGAUAACACAACUCCUACUGCUAUCAAAAAGAAGAGAGCGAAUGUUACUAAAGAAUCGAGUAUUGACAUCUGAAGGGAGGAAGCAAAGCAGACUAGUUCUUACAUACAAAAAGCUUCAUCAAAGCCAAGAGUGUUAUCUAGGAAGCAAAUAUUGACAACAGAGAAUAAGCCAUGUAUUACUUCUUUGAUUGAUAACAAGAAGAAGAUUAAGAAGUUUGACCUGACUGAGACUGAGAAGAAAAUAUAUGGAAAUAGAUGCCCUUCAGGCUACACUAAACAGAGAGUACUAGGUAGAGGAGGAUGUGCUCUUGUGUGGCUUGCAGAGAAAAAUAACGGUCAAUUAUAUGCAAUCAAGCAAUUCCCAAAGAAGCAGAGUAGUGUUAGUAGCUCUCAAGUUGAGAUAGAUAUUUUUGAAACCCUUAAUUGAGACUCUCUAAGCUCUCAUCAGGGGCAUCAGUAUAUUUCUCAUUUGGUCGAAAAAGUUAAUGAAAAGAAGGACAUCUGGUUGGUAUAUGAAUUAGGUGGAAAUGCACUUUCAAAAAUGCUAUUUGAAGUCAAAGGUGAGUUUCAUAAUGGAGAGCGGAUUUAUUUCAUCAAUCAUCAGAAUUUCUACUCUGAUUUAAAAUAAGAACAAAAAUCUGAUGAGACAGCUUAUUCAAAAGUUAAUGCAUGCUUUUGAUCUGCUACAGCAGCAAGGCAUUGUUCAUGCAGAUAUCAAAUCCGAAAAUGUUCUGGUGAGCUACACAGAAGAGAAAAUUACAAGUGUGAAGAUCAUAGACUUCGGAUCAGCCUUCAUAUUUGAAGAAACCACUGGAAUCUCUAUGAGUACUCCUGAGUACUGAGCUCCAGAAGUAAUUGAUUAUCUGGAGAAUAAGGGUAAAUCAAAAUAUGCCAACGGAGUCUCAAGCUUGCUCAGAAAAAUGCACAUAUGGAGUUAUGACAUGUGGUCUAUUGGAGCUUUAUUAUUAGAAAUUAUCUCAGGAUUCCCUCUCUGGCUCAGCCUUAAAGGGAGAAUGAAAUCUCUCAAAGGUAAGAAUAUCUUCGGUCAAGGUAUCUUCGGAGUCCAAGGGAGAGACAUGAAGAAAAUCUUAACAAAACAAAAGAAAUUGCUCAGUAAGGGUCUGAAGUCAUCCCUCAAAAAGUAUGAUUGUAAUGGGUAUGAUUCAGACUAUGAGUUUAUGGAUCUCUUAAAUCAACUUCUCUGACUGCAGCCUCUUAAAAGGCUUUCUCCAAAAGAAGUUAUAGAGCAUCCUUUUAUAGCAAACUACUUGAAAUAAGUAUUUUCCUUAAAA